AUGGGGGGUCCGUCGGUCGGCGGCAAGAUGAAGCGGCCUGGAUGGAUGCGGUCUGUGGCAGAGGGCUCGCGGACGGCGAAGCUGGUGGCGUCGGUGAUGGGCGACAAGUCGGAGGCUGCUGCGGCUGACGAUGCUGCCGAGGGGCCCAAAGUCCUUGUCUUCCCGGCCUUUGUCUGCGACGCGGUGUCCGGCAAGUGGAAGGUGUACAAGCACACGAUGGCGCCUGCUGCGGCUGCGGCGCCUACUGGCCUUGCGGUUGUCUCGCUCAACGUCCUGUUUGAGUUCUACGAGACGCAGCUGAUCCGGUCUGAGCGGCGGUGGGGCAAGCUGCUGACCCACAUCGAAGAGCUUGGCGACGAGGUCGAUGCGUAUGCACUGCAAGAGGUGUCAAUCGCCUGCCUUCGGGUCCUCCUCGCCUCGCCGUACAUCCGCAAGCACUUUUACGUCACCGAGGUGCCGGCGUCGGCGACCAAGGCCAAGUCCAACACGUUUUUCUCGGGCCGGUCGGGCAACGUGGUGCUCUCGCGGCGGCCACUGGCGGGCGUCUACGCCGCACGACUCUUCCGCGGUGGAUUGCUGACCAUGGCGCGGACGGCGGACGGGGUGCUGCUGGCGACGACGCAUCUCAAGUCUGGCCCCGGGCGCGACCACGAACGGACGCGGAUGCGGCAGAUCGACGACAUUGCCGCAGCCUUUGAGUACAUGCGCUCCAAGCCAGCGCUCGAGUCGGCGCUAUCCACGUGGCUCCUUGCGGGCGACUUCAACUGCUCGCCGUCGGACGAGGCGCAGCAGGCCAAGCUCGACUCACUCUUUGUUGACCUCUGGAGCUACCUGCAUCCCGACGACGUCGGCUACACGUUCAACGUCGAGACCAACCACCUGGCGGCGCUGCUAUUUCCAGGCGUGGUCUCGAUGCGGCUCGACCGCGUCCUUCUUUGGCGCGGCGCGGCCGGGCUUGUGCCUAGCGUGGCGCGUUUGGUGGCUACCCAUCCCAUCGGUAAGAUCAAGGGCCUGGCUGCUGUCGGCGGCGAGGCGACGACGCCCAAGCCCUCGCUCUUCAUCUCGGACCACUACGGACUGCUCGCCCGCCUCGAACCUGUUUCUUCGGGCGCGCUGAGCACCGUGCCGCCAUCAUCGUACAUCCAACUCCGCAUCUCGCUCAAGUCGUCGGCCAUGCUUAAGGCGCUCAUCGCGGCGCGCGCCAGCGUCGUCAAUGUGCUGGCCGCGCUCGCUGCUGGUCUCGAGCGUCAGCCUGACACGGUGUUGCCCGGCGCUACGGUGUGUGCCGCCCCUGUCGUCGACGCCACCGCCAACGCCGUCCUCUACUACGUUCGCUUUGACCUUGUCCGACCCAACGACACGCCAGACUACUUUGCGCUUUCGCGCUGGGCCGUCCAUGCGCUUGCCGAUCUCCUUGACACGCCGCAUAUCGAGUUGUCGCCGGCGCUCGACCUCGCGCUCGUCGCCAAGGUCAAGCGGUUGCCCGACGUGGUCAAGACCAAGUACGGGCUGGGAGAGGCAAGAAACGCGUCUCUAUCCAGCGCAGCGUCCACCUCUGGGCCCGCUGCACCGGCUGCACCGGCUGCACCUGCUGCACCGGCUGCACCGGCUGCACCUGCUGCACCGGCUGCACCGGCUGCACUCGCUCCGCCCGCUCCGCCCGCACCCGCAUCGCCCGCUCCGCCCGCACCCGCAGAUGUCCCUACCACGUCACAUCCACCCGCCACGACCGCUACUGCAACGCCUCCGGCGUCGCUCAAGCGCGACCGCGAUGCGUCGUCAGACACGACCGGCUCUGCGCCUCCAGCCAAAAAGGCCAAGCACACGCCUGCGUAAAUGAGAGCUUUACUUCCC